CUCGUGGCCGUCUCUCUCUCUCUCUCUCUCUCUGUCUCUGUCUCUCGCUCCCCCGCUCUCCCUUUCUGUCUCCCCUGCUGUAUCUCUAAGCAAAAAAAGGCAUCCACGUACGCACAGCCAGCCAGACGCACGACACACACGCCCACCAUUUUUGUGUCUCGCAGACCGUUUUAUGUCUGUGUUGUGGAUGUCUCAUCAGUUAGUCAGUCAGUCAGUCAGAUUCGGUCGGUCGGCCGACCGGCCUGCCGGGUGUGCCAUUCUAUAUCUCGGGCGGGGCACACAGUCGAUGCAUCCACUCGCUCGUUCACUCUGACUCGGACAAGUGUGUGUGUAUGUGUGUUUGUGUUUGGGUGCCUGUGUCUGGUCUGACGGUUUAGGUUAGGCCGUCGCCUCCUGCUCGGCCACCGCCACCGCCUCCGCCUCCGCCUCCGCCUCCGCCUCCGCCUCCUCUGUCUCUUUCUCGACCUGGUCAAUUUUCUCCUCGGACGCUAUCACCGGCUUGAAGAUCCCGGUCUGCAUGGCGUCUUCAGGGCAGCAAGGAUCAGGGACACAUCCUGAGGCACACAGGCGUUGGCCAGCGUCAGCAUUCGAAUUCAUGCUGUCCUUACCACCUCUCCAGUCGCUUCCUUGAAGGCCUGAAGCGCCUUUUCCUCCAUGGCCUUGAUGUCGUCGUUGGUGAGUCGGUCGGUCACGGCCACCUCCUCCUGGCCCACGAGGUUCUUAAGCUUGGCGGCCUCCUUGUCGCUGGGACCACACAGACAGAGACAUGAACAUUCUCCGUUCGCUCGUGGGUGUGUGAGUGGGUACGCGUCCUCGUGGUCAUUGAGCUCCACGGGCAUUUGCGCAAGCGCGUCGAGCCAUUCGCGGCCCUCCUCGUCGAGCUCGGUAUCUGACAAUUCGCAGAGUGACCGCUUUCCCGCCUUUCUUCAGCCUCCCUUGCAUGUACCGUAUCUCUUCAUGCGGCGCUUUUUCUUGCCCUUUUUGUACUUCUUGUAAGAAGCGACGACGACCAUCUAUUACGAGAGUGAUACACGCCCACGCACAGUAGUUCUUCCACUCACGGCUUCAUUUUCUCGUUUACUUACCUUUCCGAAGUAGACCACCUGCACAAGCGGACAUGGAGAGACAGGAAGUGCACGCGCUCUUUCUCUCCCUACCAGUUGUCACGUACCAAUGCGCUGGCCACCGAUCCUGCGAUAACUGGCACUGUGCCCGCGCCCGUUACCGCGGCUGCCGUGCCAAACCCGACCGUGGAGGCAGCCGCAACGCCCGAGAAGACGGCUAAAGGAUCGAGAGAUACAGUGCGACUCAGCUGCAUGGGUGUGGAGGGCUGACUGACUGCCAGAAGAGGCCGAUUCAAUGGCCAACUUGCCGCCGAUCCCAAGCAGGCUCUUGGUGUACAGCCAGGCUCGUUUGCCGCGAUUAUUGAGCCAGGUGGGACACACAGCGUAGACCCCCUUGGAGUAGACGUUUGGGGCAUAGCUGAUUUCGCCGCAUAUAGAGAUGGGUACACAUGUGCGCAUAAUAACAGGUGUAUUGAUAUCUGUUGAGGUGUCGCGCUCAUGUCUCUUGCCAGUGGAGGAGCCGGUGCACCGGAUCGAAGCGCACAUAUCCGGUGGUGAUGGUCGGACCCUGCGUGCGACGGACAUCGUCGAUGCGAGAGAGAGUCUCAACACAGACUAAAUUUCAUGUCUCCUACGAACGGAUCUCUUCAUGCCCACCGCAUUCUUGAGUGUGUCGGCUGUGUACUGGACGGUGCACCUGCACAAGCGGACGGUGCACGUACUAGACCUGCUUCCACCAGUUUUAACAUACUUGAGCGGCGUGCCAAUCCACUCUCCUGGUUGGAAUUCGAGUGGUUCCUUUCCCUGGAGCCUGCGCUCUCUCUGCGUGCUCGUGACUUUCUUUUUGACCACCUCCUCGACAGCUGCAAUCCUCUGCUUCGUGACGAGGAAUCGUGGUUUGCCAAACUUGGUCUCCUCUCCGAGGGGGGCCUCUCCGAAAAGGGGGUUCUGCAGAAUAAACACGUACACUACAUACGUGAGAAGAGUUCUGAUGCAACUCCGACCUCCACGAUGUAGCAAACUUUUGAGAGGAGUCGUCGCUUCUCCGCCGGCGUGUAGAGGGGAAGAGCGGCGUAGUCGCCUUUCUGGACGUCCUCGCGGUACACUGCACGCACGAUAGGAGGGAGGGGACCGGCCAGAUAUGUUUUUGCCGGCCGGGCGGCUGCUAUGUGUCUGCGCAUGCAGUCAUCGUUCACCCCUUUCGGCUUCCUGAAACCGCUGUAGACGAGGCUGCAGAUCUCGGAUGACAGCUUUGUUCGCUUCAGUAAGGUAUGGUUCCCGCUGGAGUUCGGCCCCGCGUCUGGCAACGAAGUCUGCAAAGUCCUGGAGGCCGAGACAAGAGGAGCUUAAGUCAUAUAAAUGCAGUCAGCUUCUAGCUCACUCACCUCGUCGUAGCCGUAAGCCUCACGCGGGUGGCCCUUCUCCAUCUCUUGUCCCUCAAAAGGUGAAGGCGGCGGUGAAACCAAACGGGGCGUUCCGACUGGCCAAAAACCUUCCUCACUGCAAAGGGCUUCUGUGGUGGACGUGGGGACCAGCAGCAGCAAGGCAAACAAGGCCGUGGCGAAGAAAGCGAGGAGCGACAUGCGACUCACUCGAGGGGAGAGACUGAGACGGGUGACAGGAGCAGUAAGAGGGGCACGAAAAAAGACCGGUUCACUGGACCAACACCGAGACGGGUGUAGAGAGAGGCGCAGGAAAGC